CAUCAUUGCCUUUGCAGCCAUACCAGGGAAGAGGGAUGCUGUCAGGAUCUUUGGGGCUGAAUUAAAUGAUGUUGCACUGCAGGUACUAAUAUGGUUAAUGCAGGAGACAUGAACGGUUCUGGGAAUUUGAUGGAUUUUUUGGAUGAACCUUUUCCUGAUGUUGGGACAUAUGAAGAUUUUCAUACUAUUGAUUGGUUAAGGGAAAAAUCACGUGACACAGACAGACACAGAAAAAUUACAAACAGAAGCAAGGAGUCCAUAUGGGAAUUCAUCAAAAGCUUACUGGAUGCCUGGUCAGGAUGGGUUGUGAUGCUUCUUAUUGGACUACUAGCAGGCACAUUAGCUGGAGUUAUAGAUUUAGCUGUGGACUGGAUGACAGAUCUGAAAGAAGGUGUCUGUUUAUCUGCAUUCUGGUACAGCCACGAGCAGUGCUGCUGGACAUCAAAUGAAACAACUUUCGAUGAUAGGGACAAGUGUCCUCAGUGGCAGAAAUGGUCUGAACUUCUAGUUAAUAAGUCCGAGGGUGCAAGCGCUUACAUUCUAAAUUAUUUUCUUUACAUUUUGUGGGCUUUAUUGUUUGCUUUCCUGGCCGUCUCCCUUGUCAGAGUAUUUGCUCCCUAUGCCUGCGGUUCUGGAAUUCCAGAGAUAAAGACCAUCUUGAGCGGUUUCAUUAUUAGAGGUUACCUGGGCAAAUGGACCCUGCUAAUCAAAACGGUCACUUUGGUUCUGGUAGUAUCUUCAGGUCUCAGCCUUGGCAAAGAAGGGCCUCUAGUGCAUGUGGCUUGCUGUUGUGGCAACUUUUUCUGCAGCCUCUUCUCAAAAUACAGCAAGAAUGAAGGCAAGAGAAGAGAGGUACUUUCAGCAGCUGCCGCCGCCGGAGUCUCUGUGGCCUUUGGAGCACCAAUUGGUGGUGUACUUUUUAGCCUAGAGGAGGUAAGUUAUUAUUUUCCCCUGAAGACUCUUUGGAGAUCAUUUUUUGCAGCCCUUGUUGCAGCAUUUACCCUGAGAUCCAUCAACCCAUUUGGAAACAGCCGCCUAGUACUUUUUUAUGUUGAGUAUCACACACCUUGGUAUAUGGCCGAACUUUUCCCCUUUAUUCUACUUGGAGUUUUUGGAGGUCUAUGGGGGACACUAUUCAUCCGUUGCAAUAUUGAAUGGUGCAGAAGACGCAAAACCACAAGACUUGGGAAGUACCCAGUCUUAGAAGUCAUUGGAGUAACUGCUAUCACUGCUAUCAUUGCCUAUCCCAAUCCAUACACCCGGAGGAGCACCAGUGAACUCAUCUCAGAGCUUUUCAAUGACUGUGGGGCUCUAGAGUCUUCGCAACUCUGUGACUACAUAAAUGAUCCUAAUAUGACUCGACCUGUGGAUGAUAUUCCUGACAGACCAGCUGGUUUUGGAGUAUACACAGCCAUGUGGCAGCUAUCCCUGGCUCUGAUCUUUAAAAUCAUCAUUACCAUAUUUACCUUUGGCAUGAAGAUCCCUUCAGGCCUCUUUAUACCGAGUAUGGCUGUAGGAGCUAUAGCUGGUAGAAUAGUUGGAAUUGGAGUGGAGCAGUUGGCUUACCAUCACCAUGACUGGAUCAUCUUCAGAAACUGGUGUAGACCAGGAGCUGACUGCGUUACCCCAGGACUUUAUGCCAUGGUGGGAGCUGCAGCCUGUUUAGGUGGAGUUACGAGAAUGACAGUCUCUCUUGUGGUGAUCAUGUUUGAGUUGACAGGAGGCCUGGAGUACAUUGUUCCUCUGAUGGCAGCUGCAGUAACAAGCAAAUGGGUAGCUGAUGCCUUUGGGAAAGAAGGGAUCUAUGAGGCACACAUUCACUUGAAUGGCUAUCCCUUUCUGGAUGUGAAGGAUGAAUUUACUCACAGAACACUGGCCACAGAUGUUAUGAGACCUAGGCGUGGAGAGCCUCCUCUCUCUGUCCUGUCACAAGACAGCAUGACGGUGGAAGAUGUGGAGACAUUAAUCAAAGAGACUGACUACAAUGGCUUUCCAGUGGUGGUUUCUAAAGACUCAGAGCGUCUCAUUGGCUUUGCACAGAGACGGGAGUUAAUUCUUGCAAUCAAGAAUGCAAGGCAGCGCCAGGAUGGAGUAGUCAGCAAUUCCAUUGUGUACUUCACCGAAGACCCCCCCGAACUUCCUGCAAAUAGCCCACAUCCAUUGAAGCUCCGUCGCAUUCUUAAUCUGAGUCCCUUCACUGUCACAGACCACACACCAAUGGAAACAGUGGUAGACAUCUUCCGAAAACUUGGUCUCCGACAGUGUCUUGUCACUCGCAGUGGGAGGCUUCUGGGCAUCAUAACAAAAAAGGACGUGUUAAGACAUAUGGCUCAAAUGGCAAAUCAAGACCCUGAAUCCAUCAUGUUUAACUAGGCUGGUUCCAAAGAACAGGGUUGGAAUCUAAAUUUUUACUGGACUAAUGGAAAAGUUUUGUACAGCACUUUUUUUUUUUUUUUGGUUAAAAUGAGAUUUACAUACAUAAAAACUUGUUGAGGACAGAACCAAAGGAAAAUUGUGGCAGAUAGUGUUGAAUUCAGCAGUACUUUUAAGUUGAGUAAAGACUUUGACAGUUGUGUACAGCUGCAGAUAUUAACCUGAUUUCCUGACUGAAAACUGUGCUGUGUGUUACUCUUACAACAUGGGUUAGUUUCCUGCCUUACCACUGUUUACCUUGUGAUUUGGGAACACGGUGUAUUUUCCUGUUCUGCUAUGUCAUUAGAAGGGUAGGAAAAUUCACUGUGUGGUAAAAAAUGCACGUGGCCUGUGCUGAAUUAACUGCUUGGCUGGUGCAUGCAUAGGUGUGAUGUGCUUUGGCACAAGCACAUGGAAGACCACCCUAUCAAUUUGUUAGGGAGAUUUGGAAAAAUAGCAAAUUUUAUUCUAAGAAUUAUUUAUAACUGAAAGUGUUGUGUUCAAAGCAACUUUGUACCAACCGUGAUUUUUCAUUAUACUAGUUUCCACUUAUUUAUUAUUGGAUUAUUUCUUAUUGAUUAUACUGCAGUAUUUUCAAGAAGAUUAUGGUUUUUAUGUGGACAUAUAUUGUUUUUGCCUAUUUUUGUAGAAGUUAAGAGAUGCCUGAACUGAACUGAAGCGAUAAUUCGGUUAUCUAUCAACAUUUCAAAACUUUUUGCUCUAUACUUUGCACCAUUAAGUGUUAUCCAUACUCUGUUCUUAAAUUAAUUAUCUGACAAAGUCGUUUUUGUUUUUCCAUGGAAGACACUUCUUCUGUAUGCAUCCCCACUUGGCUAGAUGAACCACAUCCUGACAUUCAUUGUAUGUUAAAAGUUCUUUAAAACAUAUGACGUAUAAAAGUCCAACCCAUGCCUAUGUUACAGUGUUAAACAGUUACUUGAGAAUUGGGCUUCAGUAGUUUUGCUAAUAGCAUUUUUUUUUAAAAAAAAUCCUUAAUACUGCACAACAAAGUCAUUAGUAUUUAUUAGUUCUCUAUGUAAAAUGUGCAUCAUAGUUGGUUUCAUGUGACAUUAUUUUUAUAUUUUAUCUUGUGAAUUAUGUUUUCUGCAUGAUGAAUGCAUCUCUGUACUGAUAUUGUCUUUAUUUCUUAUUCUGCAGUGGGAAAUAGUUUGCCUCUUCUUGAAGGCCAGGCCACUAAUAUAACAAGAGUGAUGUGUUUCCCUAUGGGGAGGGAAGGUUUCCCUAUGGGGAGAAAGAGGUUCAGUGAUUUUCAGUUUGGGGCUUGUUAUGGAUCCUUUCCCCCUAUGUGGACUAUUACUGGCAGAAGAAUUAAAAGAAGAAUCUUGUGGCACAUCAAUUAGUAGUAAGCAAUAAACAAGAAAAGUACAAAUCAAGUCUAUUCCAGAAACCUACAUAACUCAAACAAAACAACCAGCCUUUACUGGAUGUGUAAAUUUUUUAAGCAAUAAAGCAUCCACAUGAAAGGUUGUAAAGAAAAAGGGUCCAAAUACAUUUUAACUGAACAGUCUUCUUCAGUGGUCUCUGACUCAUAAAUGCCCAAUUCUUUCAUUUAUAUAUCCCCAAAUGGACACAGAGCAGAUGUAAGCAGAAUCAAUACAAAGCGGGGUGGGGGAGGAGGGAGAUAUUAACACAUAAUCAGUAUCUCACUGAAUUAUUCCCAUUCAAUCAUUCUUUGCAGGCCUUUUUGGAAAUCUAGAGAUAUAAAAUGAAAAAUAAACACAAAUUUAUAUUGUUCAUAUUUAAUAAAAUAGAAAUGAUUUAAAAAAAUAAAACUACUGUAAUAUACUAUUUUCACCUCAGUGACUAACGCAUUUACAAGUAAAAUAAGCUUUUGUAGGCUUAAAGCCACUUUGUCAGGUGCAUAAAGUAAUCCAGGUGCAUCUGGCGAAGAGGCUCUAGCCCAUGAAACUAUAUGCUACAAAAAAUUGGUUAGUCUUUAAGGUACCGCAAGACUUUCUUGUUCUUGCUGCAACAGAAUAACUCAGCUGCCCCACUGGAGUUUUCUGGAAGAAUGUGAGACACAAGAAAAAAAGUCUCACUUUUGCAAGCAAGCGACAAAGAGUACUUUUAAGUCCUAUUGCGAGCUUCAAGUUGGGAAAUUCCUGGGGAUUUGAGGCUGGGGUCUGGGAAGGGCAGAGUUUGAGGAGGGAGCUCAGCAGGAAUGUGAAUCCAAAGAGUUUGCCAUUUUCUGCAAGGAACAGAUUUCUGUAGUCUGGUGAUCACUUGUAAUUCUUGGAAAACUACAGCCUCUACCUGGGGGUUGUACUCUGCUUUAUAUCAUUUGGAGAUCGACUUGUGAGCAAUGCAUUUUUAUGACACUCUGCUGCUUUUUAUGAGUGGGCUGUGUUAAAACUAUUAUUCUUCCUGAAAGUACAUGCCCUUUUACAUCUGGAAAUACAGACUGCAGGUCAGCCUAUUUAUAGGAGUGGGAUUUAUAAGAUACAGCAACCCACGAAGGAGGCCAUGUAACAGUCAUGGAGGCCACCCUUGGAAGCAGCAGAAUGCCUCUGCAUCCCACAACGCAGCCAUUUUGCUUUACUGUAGAAAGCCCUUUAAUUCACUUUAAAGGUAACGCUUUCUAAAAUCCAGUCAGGCCCUUAUGUAAAACAUAAUUUAAUAAUUAAUAACAUAUGGCUUAGCAGAUUCAAAUACCAGAAAAGGAAGUCCAGAAUUAAUAUUCUGUUCUAUAAUGUAGCAUCUAUCGUUUGAAGUAAUACAGUUAUUCCUUCCACAUUGCGACUUUCCCCAUCAUGUUUUUGAUAUGUCGCGGGUUGAUAUAAGAAAUUAAAUGAGAAUUGUGGAGGAGUGUUGUGGAAUCUGCAGACAACAUGUGAAAGCCAGCAGAAGACACAGAAAAAGUUUAGAAACUGAGAAAUACAUAAAAUAUAUGUAUAGUAUUGCAUAAUAUCAUCAUAUUUUAUCUUUUCAUACCAUAAAUAUACACAAGUUAAAAUAAAAGAAAAAAAUCAGACUUAUUCUCUGGUAUGAAGGGAAGACUAAAAAUAUUAUGCAGAUUUCUGCAUCUGAAUGCAUAUCACAUCCCUAACCCAGUGAUGUGGAAGAGAUAACUGUAUUCAAGUUAGUGCUGGUAUGUAUUUCCUUUAAAACUCUCAUUUUUAGAAAUUUUGGCUAACAGUAUAUUAAAAAGUCUCAAUAACUUGGUGUUUUUGCUUGCUAUAUGUUGGGCCCACUCUGUAUAGGCCAAAAUCACCAGUGCGGGGCUGGUAAAAACACUGAUGGGGAGAGAACUUCACACAGCUGCUGCCUCUGAGGCAGCACCAUGGUUUCUCCUCCCAACCAGUGGGAAAACGGUGUUUCCGAAACUCACUAAGCUAGCGAGUCUUUUGGGAAACACCGUUUUGCACCCUGUGCUGAGUGAAUGGCACCUAGUCAGAGGCACUGCUUUUAGGCGCCUCUGUUUUGUCUGUAAACUUACCUUCCUUUCCUCUGCGGAGCUUUGCACGGAUGAGGGGACACGCCUCCUGGCCUCUGACCCCCCGAGGCAUUGCCAUGGGCACAGGGGUGUGUCUGCAGAGUUUCGCAGGGGAAGGUAAGUUAAGUUUACAGACAAAACAGAGGCGCCUCCAUGCAAAGGCACCUCUGCAGACCGCAGCAACUCUGGGGCCACCCACAUGGGAGCGUGCGAAUGGUCUUGGGGCUUCACCAGUAUCAUUUAUACCAGUGGACUGCUGCUUCAAAGGCCCAUGUGGAACGGGCCUUGGAAAAUGAUUUGAAAACAGUUAUCUAUGUUGGCCCUUGUAGAAGGAAGCAGAAUGUCUUACCUUUCCUACUGCUUUUCACUGUUCAAAUGCAAACAUGAAGCAAGAACUCACUGAAAUGUCUGUUUGCUUGUUCAUAUCUGCUGAGAUGUGGAUAACCACUAUGGAGUCCUAAUAUAUACACACCAACAGUGUGGUGUAGGGGUUAAGAGCAGGUGCACUCUAAUCUGGAGAACCGGGUUUGAUUCCCUGCUCUGCCACUUAAGCAGUGGAUGCUUAUCUGGGGAACCAGAUUAGCUUGUGCACUCCAACACAUGCGCUGGGUGACCUUGAGCUAGUCACAGUUCUUUGGAACUCUUUAGGCCUUUCCACACGGGACAGCGUUUCCCCUGGCCUCGGCGAUGCGCCGAACGGUCACAGAGAAAGUCGGUCGGUUGGACGACAGCGCUCCACGGUGCCGUCUCCCCUUUCGUUACCGGGACUGUUCAUGUGAACUGUCCUGGGGGGGCCGUGCGGAAACGGCCUUUCAGCCCCACCCACCUCACAGGGUAUUUGUUGUGGAGGGGAAAGGGAAAGGAGAUUGUAAGCCCCUUUUAGUCUCCUUGUAGGACAGAAAGGGGGGAUAUAAAUCCAAACUCUUCUUCUCUUAAAAAUCCACUAGUUGUCCCCUCAUACGUUUAAAUUUUUAAAAGGCACAAAAUGAACAUAAAAAAGAAGCAGGUAUGCAAACAACGAAGUGAAAUAAACCCCACUGAACUUAGCUGGAUCUACUUCUUCAUUAUUCCCUCAGACCAUGGCUAGUCAGAGAAAGAGAUGCACACACCUGAUACUUAAUAUGGCAGAGCAGGAAAUACCUUCUCGGAAUCCAGAUUUUCACUCUUUGCUUAACUAACAAGUGGUCUCUUACUGCACAGACCAACCUGCUGCAGGCUUCACAUCAAGCAAAGGGUUGAAAUUGUGAUCUUUGGAUUCCUCAAGCCUUCAAAUCAAAAGGUAUAAACGUCCCUUCUCCCUACAGCCAGCCAGUUGAUCCACAGUAGCUGACUCCUCAAAAGCCUGUGGGUUAACAACAGUUAGCCCUCAUGAGCUUGUCUAUUCCUGAAUAGGCAUCUGGAUAGAGAAACCACUGGACAUUCCCCAGGCCUGACUGGCAUCUUUAAAAGGCUUUUGGAAGGAGGAUGUACCAACUCUGGCUUCCAUCUCAGAAGGGAGUAAAAAUCGGGAAGAGGAGGUGGCAUAAGUAUUCAGUCCCCACUCUAUUCCAGCUGAAAGAAAGCCAAAUCAGACAUGAAUCUGGUUAGGAUUGCACUGUAAGUAUGUAUAAAAUUUUAGUAUGUGUUUAUCACCAAAACGUGGCACAUUUAUGCAGUUCCUCCUUUGAAUUAGUACACCCAUUAGUGUGUUGUAAUUGUCCUAUACUGAGACAAUAAUAUAAUCCGUUUCCCCAGUAUUUCUACAUCCUAAAAAGCUUGCAUUGACUCAUGACACUAUUUCUAAUUGCUUGAAUUUUAUACCAUUUCAACAAAGUGCCCAUUAUAGUAGCAAAUUAUUAAUUUUGGGGUUUAUAUUCAUAUGUAAUUUGCAUUCUGCCUAUUGAGAAAUACAGAACCUAACAUUCUCUCAGUCCAUGGAAUAAAAUUGCAUUAGGGAAGUAUCUGAAAUCCACCCUGGAGUCUGGUAAGGAAGAAGUGGGAUUUUUCAGAUGUGUAUCUAGAAGCACAUUACAUUUUCUGUCUCUAAGGCCAUUUCUGCACGGCGGCAGAAGAAGCUGUCGCCGGUGGAGCCAUGGGAGCAUUUGCACGAUCUCGUGUGGGUGCCUCUGAAGCUAGGCGGCUCUGCCUCCGGUCUGCAUCUUUUAUUUACCUUGUCGUCCCUUCGAGGCUCCAGAAGGAGGAAGUGACAUGCCCACACUGCCCUCUGACUCAUGGGGGUUGGAGGGCAGCUUGGGUGUGUCCCUUCUCCCUCUGGAGCUUUGGAGGGAAGACAAGGUAAACUGAAAGCUGUGCCUUCACGCUGACGCGCUUUGCAUGGCUUUCCAAAAAACACACUCAUGGAGCAUGUUUCCAAAAAACACACUCAUGGAGCAUGAAAGUAGCAUUUUUGUACCUUUGGGGGGGGGGGUGAGCACGGCGCUGCUGCACUACAGCAGUGGCAGCUGUUCGAACAGUGCCCCAGGGUGGUGUUUUUACCAUUCCUAGGGCGCUGUUUUUGGGCCGUGCAGAAGUGGUGUAAGUUUAUAGCUAAUUUGUGUUCUUUGUUAACAGGUUUUUUUAAAAGAUAUUUGACUACACCAGCUAAAAUGAAUAUUUGCAGUAUUUGAAAACUUCUUAAUGUUCCAGUGAGGAAUUUUGAAUGUGAUUUUUUUACUCUAACUCUUGAAUUUGAAUGCUUGGUUGUUUUGUUUUUGGCUGUCUUCAAAUAUAAAUCAGUCUGGAAAAAAAUUCAUUUUCAGGCCAUUGAUCAAAUAGUACAUAUUGUUGUUUGCCCAUAAUUACACGUAGCUAAAUAUGGUAUACUGAGUAGUUUUCAAUCACUGUCAGAGAAUCUUGGGUUCUUUGGAAGCUUACAGAAUUUCAGCAGUAACAUAGCUGCUCCUUUGAAACACAAGUAGAAGACCAUUACAGAUGUCCGGCUCCAUCUAAAGUGGGGGGGGGGGAUCCGCCAUUGGGACCAGCGCAGAGUUGUGCCAAUGGAUUUGCCCUCUCUGGGGCACUUGCCCCAGUAGAGGAGCAAAUCCACUUGUGUGUAGCCACUGCAGCCCUCCCUGGCAGUGGGACACAGUGCCAGAUAUCACUCCGCCAGCACCUGUGCGGCUGCUGCUGGUGUAGCAGGGGCAAUCUGGGGGCGUAGCCAGGGGACCUGGUUUAGUUGGCUUCCUCCCAACCAUUGCCCCCGUUGUGAUGGUGGCCAGGGCUUUGGACUUACACCUUCUUUUCAGUGGUGUAAGUCCAUUAAGCCUAAUGAGGGCUUUCUCGUGGCAGGGAGGCUUUUUUGCAUUUUAAGCCUCACCAUAUUUUGGGAAGCCAUCUUGGGAGCGCUGGCCUUGCAUGGCCACAGCACUGCAGCUAAGUGCCCGGCUCAUCUGCAGAAUCGAUUCUCAUGCCCUGUGCAGAUGACAUGUCCAAGUGUCAAUUUACUGUGCAGGGUGGGAGAAGAGGCACAAGCAGGCCAGGCCACCGCCUGCCUCCCCAUGAACUCCAAGUUGUCUGCAUGGUAUGAAUUUAUAAUGCGUUCAUAAUUUCUUGAACAAAGAUGAAAGCUUAUUUGGGAAUUCCUGACUAUGUCAGUGUAUCUGUCAUUCAGACCAGGGCAUGAUCAAUUCACUCAGUGGGUAUAAUGUAUUGCCUUGGAUAUCCUAGAACUUACUGUUGUCGGGAAUUUUCCCUUUAAUAAACUCCCCCCACCCCCCAAUUCAUUAUGAUCCAAGUUCAGCAAAAAUUGAGCGUUUUGGGAUAUAUAGGAUUCUGCCCUUUAUAUUUGCAUGCAGUCAUAGAGAAUACUUGCAAACUUACUUGUUCAGUGUUAGGUAUACAGUAAAAUGAAACAUUAAUAAACCAUUUUAGUUCAAUUUCUUUCCAUAGUUUUCUGUCAGAAUUUUCCCCAUCCAUACUAUUAUCUUCCAGCAGAGAAUGAAGAAUUCUCCAGAUCCAAAUCAAAGUUAAUUGAUUUUGAAGAAUCAAAAAUUGUUUUCAUAGCACAUGGUUGACUUAAGAAUAAAAUUGGUCAGCUAAAUGUUUGGUUUUCUCUUACACCAAUAUGCACAUUAGAUGAUUUUUAGACUGUGGAAGUAGAAUAAUGCCAGAUCAAAUGAAUGAAUAAAAGUAUGAUGGCAGAUCAGAUGAAUGAAUAAAGGUAUGAUGAAAAAUUUAGUAUGCAAUUUUGAAUGGACUUAAUCUAUACAGAGAAAGAUUUUACUUUCCAGUGGUGGACAGGAAAACAAAGAUGUUAUGAAUUAAGACAUCAGCCUAUUUGUUGGAAUAACUGCUUAAUAAAAAUGACUGAAAAUGUUCCUUAGAAACUGACAAUAUAUUAUUUAAUAAAUGAAA